AUGGAAGCCUCCCCUCCCGGGAGGGUAACACCACAGGCCACUGAAACAACAAGAGAAGCUGAUAACCUGGAAAAGCACGAUUCCUCCAACAGAUACCAGGUGUCGUCAACCCUGCAAAACCUUCCCACAAAGUGCCCUCUGGUGCUGCAGGGUCAGAGGCUGAUUCAGCUUCUGUCAGGCUGGCAAGACAAGGAGGCAGACCUGGGCAAAUAUCCUGACAUUGUGACCCUUCAGGAAGGACUGCAGGGCGAUUAUAUAACUCUGAGGAACCCCCUAGUUUCUGGGCUGGAGUUACUGAUUGUUUGGAAGAUACACAUGGAUGAAGAAGGGAGAACGACACCUGUUCUGGACCUCCUCACUAAAGUACCGGAGCAAGUCCUGGAGCACAAGAUGGUGACGUUGAGGAAGGCCCCCAGGCACUUCCGGAGCCUGCUGCUCCUGCUGGGGGUCGAGGCGGCCAUUGAGAACCUGAUCAGAGUGGUUGGCUUGCGGGAAUGA